AUGGCCCGCGCAACUCGCUCAGCGGGCCAGCCGGACAAGGACAAGGCCCAGGACACCGCCCCCGCACCGCGCAAGGGCGGCUCUAAAAAGCGCAAACGCAUCUCGAACGCCGACAAUGGUGAACAGCCCGCUACCAAGCAGCAGCGCACAUCCGAGAGCCAGGAGCCCCCAGAGCUUGCGUCAGAACAACUAGACACCGAACCGACCGACGCACUGGGGAGCGGUGAUGUGCCAAUUGACUCUGCAGACGCGGAAAACAUCCUACUUGUACUCGAAUCCAUUGACACCCAAGGUCUGCUCGACCGUGUAUUUCCGCUCUCAACUGAGUCCGCGGAACCGACGUCAGGCGAAACUACAUCCACUCCGACACCAUCGAGUUCUACCCAAACCUACUCAUUCCGUACGCUUCUCAAAGACUCUUCUCAGUAUCCCCUACGCGUUCUUCGGAGUGCAGUCCAGCAUCUGUUCCCUAUCUCUUCACAUCCACGAUCCCGCCCUUCAGAACCCGCUGCACAGCAGCUACGCUUCUGCAGACUUGCCCUCGCCCUCCUCGACCAAGCCUCCUUCCACUCAGUCCCUACGCCCCUAGAAGCGCAAAGCAUCUUCCCAACGCUCUUCCAGCCUCCCUCCGCUGAUGGAGAAGCCGUAGAAGAAGAAGACAAGCCGGCUCCUCUCACCACCAUUGCGAGCCGAAAACGAAAGUACGCCCUUGUGCAACAUCUACCCACGGGCGACUGGUGGUCGUCGCUCAACUCCGACUUCACAUUACCCUCCGAAGGCAAAGCGUUGACGGAUCUGCCUACUGGCCACGCGGAACUCGCCGCUAUCCUGCCAUCAGCAUCAACGUCCUCGUCUGCCAGGACGAAGACCCUUGCCGAGUAUGUCAGGCCGAAUACCGCCUCCGCCACACUGCAGUUGCCGGGGCUGCGACGCGUCAGCUGCGGCAAGUUCCUCGACUACGGGCCCUAUGCCAGUUUCGCUCCGACCUUUGAUCAAGACGGGACAGAGGUCGGGAGGUAUGCCCUCGGUGACCUCAUAUGGAGACAACGCCAAGAAGCGACUCUCAAGGAGAAGGCGAGGGGCAAGCGGAAAGCCAUCGAGGCCUUGCGAGCCGCGGACGCCGACAAUGCGAUUAUCAUGGGUGAAGAGACUGCGCGGAGCGUUAGGGCGUCAGGGCAGCAUGACGAGGACGAGGACGCGGAAGAGCUGGACAAGGCAUUGGAGAGCCUGGUAUCUGCUGAAGAAGUAGCGAGGAUCAAGGCUGCACUUGGAAGUCUGGAGAUGGAGCAAGCCGUGCAAGAGCUACUGGACAAGAAUGCAAGGGCGAUGCUCAGAUUACAACGACUACAACGUUUGCGACUCGGGGCGGAGGGCGGUGGAUCGAGCACGGUGGAAGAGGGAUCCGAGGAGUGGGACACAGCCCAGGCCAUCCUGGAUUCUCUAUCGUUGUUGGCCUCCUUGAGACCACGGUCUUCUUCUGACCCGGACUCGAAUCCUCCGCUCGUUCCUCCAGCGUCCGUUUUGCGCACCCUUCAACGUAGUCUACCGCUCGAGGGCACAGAGGGCUGGUAUGGGACGUUGCCUGCUACCCGCGCUACUGCACUCAGGGACGAUACGACUGUACACAUCAAACCGGGUGCCGAAGCAACCGCAGCUCCAACUACCACGACCACAGUGGCUGUCCCCGUUACCCCAGCAAAACCUGCUGCGACUCCCACUACGCCGUACACGCCGUACAGCUACAACUAUCAGACGUCCCAGUACCGCGGUGCCUAUCAAUACACUCCAGGGCAAGGCGGGUCCUACUAUCCAAAUCCUUCCGGCACAGCUACGAGCAGCUACUACCCCGGGUCGCAGUAUGGCACGCAAGGCCAGUACGCCUACCCAUCGUAUUAUCAGUACCAGCAGACCGCCCCGGGCCAAGUGCAAGCUUCCACCUCCGGAGGGGUGACGCCAGGACAGACGACGCCGCAGCCUGGUGCCACACCGACGACGAUGGCGACGAACUACGCCAGUUUCUUCGCAUCGUCCGCUCAGGCUCAGGCGCAGCAGCCCCAACGUGCCGUCGCAAACACGGUCACCGGGUCAGCUGCAAAGCCAUAUCAAGCUGGGACCUGGACUGGCGCGCAGGGUACCUCGGGGCACAUCGCUCCGCUACCUGCCCACCUUCGCAGCACGGCGGCUGGCGCUGGGGGCAGUCAGCCCGGUACUCCUGGCUCAAGCACGCCGUACUCGUACUAUGGCAAUUAUCAGCCUACGACGCCCGCGGCACGGUGA